AUGAAGGAUGCAACUCAGCCUGAGGAUGGCGUGCCCCUGCUGCCGCGGCGGCCGCUCGCAAACAGCGGCGCCGGCGGCGGUGGGGGGUUCCCCGCGACCGCUAACGAUGCGCCGCGGAACGAGGAGCAGCCCGCCGCCAGCCCCCAGUACUGGUGGCUGGCCUGCCCUGCCCGGCUCGUUACGCGGCUAACAGCCCCUGCUCCAGCUCCAGCUGCUGGUAGCGCCGCCCGGGCCAGGGCCCCGUCCCCGCCACCGCCACCGCGGCCGCCUCUGGACAGCGCUAAUGAAGCGCGCCGCACCCCGCCAAGACUUGUGAGUAUGCUGGAGCAACCGCCGCCGCCGCUUCCCCGUGUCGCCCUGCCAGGCGCCGCGGCCAGCACAACUGGCCGCUUCUCUCGCGGGCAGCGCGGGUCCAGCUCGGCGUGGCGACACGGCGACACGCGAAGGCUCUCAGCCGGCGGCGGCCCGCGACGCAAAGCGGAUCAGCUGCAGCUGCAGCGGCGACACAGCUCCGAGGUCUCGCAGCCAAGGGCAGCACGCGACUCCUGCCCACGCGCAGCAGAGUCGCGCGUCAGUGACGGACCACCGCGACGGCGGCUGCGCUCCAGCAGCAGCGACGCUACCGUCGCUUCCGCGCGGCGCCUGUGCGACUGUGGGCCGACGCGCCCGCCCGUCAAACGACUAAACGGGCAGUCCGGCGCUGCCUGCGCGGUGCGGUGCGGUGCGGUGCGGCCUAUUGAAAGCCCCGGCUGGCGCCAUCACUGGCGGAAUGUAAUUAACUCCGGCGCAAAGUCCACCCGCGCCGCGCCGAGCUAG